AUGGCCUCCACUGUCGAAUUUUCCGGUCGAUCUAUCAUCCAAACCCUAAACAACAGAAGCCUCCGAUUUGAACCCGGUUUGGCUUUGAAGAGAUUUCCCCGGUCCAAACCGGUUCAAAGAAAGACCAAGUGUACGUACGCAGCAACAUGCAGAACCGGCCGGGAAAAUUCCGGUUUAGUGGUUUCAUCUUUGGGAGAAAAACAUCAUGGGUCGAGUCCGGUUUCAGGGUACGAUGUGGUUAUGAAGUUUUAUUCGUCUAUCAACAAUAAGAAUCAAGAUCUAUUGCGCAAUUGUUUCGCCCACGACUGCUAUAUCGAUGAUUUCUCCUUCCCCAAACCUUUCCGAGGAAAGCGGGAAACUAUGAAAUUCUAUGAACAACUCGUCACGAGUAUGGGACAAAACGUGAAGUUCUGUGUGGAAAAUGUUUGCGAAGGAGACGGAUAUACGGCUGCUGUGAAUUGGCACCUUGAAUGGAAAGGGCGAAAUAUUCCCUUUACAAGAGGAUGUAGUUUCUACGAAUUCGCAGAAGAAGGUGGAGAAAUGGUUAUAAGGAAUGCAAGGAUUUUAAUUGAAUCGCCGAUCAAACCAGGAGGGAUUGUUCUGACCCUUUUGAAGAACAUAACAUUCCUCUUUGACGAAUUCCCAAAAGCAGCUGAAUGGUUUUUGGAGAAACCAUAUGCUAUAAUCCAAGUGAUAUUGAGAAUAUAUGGUCUGAUUUUCGCGCCGUUUGUAAAAAAUAUAAUGGAAGGCUACCUGAAGCUAUUGAACUUAGUGGCAGAGUUCAUCUUGCUGACGUUGAAAAUUAUCAUCAAAAUCCGAAGCUUCUUCUCCAAAUAGAGUGUUUCUUUUACUGAAAA